CCACGCCGGCUGGGCUGGAACUCCAGGAUUUAAUGUCUACCCUCAUAAUUGAGUGAGAACUAGAUUUCAGCCAGAGAUGAUUACAAGUAAAGAUGUGAUACUUUUUCUCAGUCAGGUUCACAGACACCAAGUUCAGAACUUCUGCACCAGAACUCGCCUUGCCCUCAGCCCAUCCGUUAGUAGGAAUAUGUGUGUGCCCUGUUUUCCUUCCUAAAAUGAUUGUACUGAUGACAUUGGGGAGGAGAAAAUAACAGUUCAAAUAAGGGAAGUCAGAACUUAGCAGGCUGGGGUCGCAGAGGGUGAGGGUGAGGGAAGCUGCAGGCGCCACAUGGGGGCACUGUCUUAGACCAUUGGGACAGGCCACACACAGCUGUGAUAAGUUAGCCUUCUAUUUUGUACAAGCUGUUUAAGAAGACACUUAGGGAGGAAGAUCAUCCUCUGCCCUUCAAGUUCUGGCUGGAGUAAUAAUCAGAUUAACAGAAGACAGGUUAGUAGGAGAAAAGCAAAUUAAAGUUUAGUGACAUACUUUGGAGAGACCCAGGAACACUAGUAACUCGCCAAAAUGGCGGGAGCCAUCAUCUUCAGUACCAUCUUCAGCUAGUGACAAAAGAUGGCAUUGGGGGUGGAGAGUCUGUUACGGGAGGUUCCCAGGCAAAGCACAGAAAACCAGCCUAAGGUUUUUCUGCAGCUUUAAGUCCCUGCCUUCUCUGACAGUGAAAGCAGGACAGGUACGGUGAGGGAACCCCGUUACAGAUGGAGGUUGCCCUUACAAAUGUAAUUGAGUUUUACAGAGGGUAACUUCUGGGUUUUCAGAGCUUCUCCCAGGUCUGCUGUUUCUUAAAAUUAACUAGCCUAAAAUAAUCAAUAUGCCAAAGUGGGAUCCCAAACUCUAUUCUCCUUCAAUAUAGGACAUGGAAAUACAGUGUAGAAAAACAUUUGAACUGGAAAUCUUUAGAAUAAACAUUCAAGGGAUGAUUGGCAUUUGGUGGAAGGCCUGGUUGCAAAGGUUGUCAAGUGAGGCUACUGCAUCUGCCACGUUGUCCUGCCCACCAGAGUGUGUGCAGAGCACCGCCAGCCACCAGGUGCCCUUGUGUUGGUGUUUUGCCCCUCUGCCAGUCUGUUCAUUUUCUGGGAAGUUCACUCAGAGGGUCACAUACUUUCACAGCAAAUGUGCUUUCUGACAAGGUGGCUUCAAGCUCCCAUCCCAGGGACCUAGGAAGGAGACAACGUACCUUUCUUACUCUAUGUAGGAUUCCUUGGGAGAAGGUUCAACAGUUUUUUCAAAAUCUUGAAAAGGGUUGAGAGACUGAGGGCCUGUGAGCUAGUGAACAUUUUGGAUACAUUUUGUUGUAUUUCUCUAAGUGAUAGGAUUUAGUUAUCCUGACAGGUCCAGCUAUCAGGCCCUGCCUUCCCUUUCUUAGAGUAAGCUGCUCAUUGUGGAUUGAUGGUGCUCCUGUCUUGGGAAAUUUUUCUGCUCAGGAUGAUGCCAUCACCAUAAGGCAGGCAUCUUUGGCACGCCUCUAGCCCAGUAAAGCCAUGUGAGGUGAGGCUAUGGGCAUGUUUACUGGAAAUGCUGCUUUUCUUGUUUGCCACCUGUGGCUGACACAGAAUGACUGGCUAUUUAGUCAGGUCUCAGGAUGGCAGGGAGCAGGCUGACUUCCAGUCCAGGAGUCUGUGGUCCAACAAGGUUAAGGAAAAUCGAAUCUAGCGGGAUUGCAGGGAUCACCAUAGUGCUGGGCCUGGGGCCAAUUUUGGGUCCUGGCAGAGUCUGGCUGCCCACAUGGGGUCUUGGCCCUCCCUCUCUGUUGGACUCUCCACUGUCUGCUCCUGCACACUGUCAAUUGCAUGUUCUCCACCCCCCUUUCAGCUUGGGCCCAGCUCUGCCAUCUCAUCCUCUUUCUCUUUCCCUCCAUCCCACCUAGGAGCUGCCUGGUCCUGUCCCCAGGAACAGAUGGACUCCUGCCAUCUACACAGCUGCCCCCUUUCAGCAGGGUCUGCAGUGGGGUUGGGUCACUCAGAAGGGACUGUGGAUUGAUAGGUACUGUGAUUGCAGUUUCCAAAAACAGCUUAUUAUUUUUUGCAAAAAUAAUGCCUCAAUGAAACCUUGCUAAUCUUUCAAUACGUGUUAUAUUUUGUCUAAGACAUGUUAUCAAGAUUUGUACUUUUUGCAUCAAAAAAUUAGGAAUUUAAUUUUGUAUUCUUCUAAAUUCAGUUAUGUGUUUAUGUAUACUUUUUUAAAAACUUUUAUUUCAGCAGAAUUUCCUGCAGCAUAAGUGGAAAUACCUCUGCAAUUCUCUAGAGCAGCAGUAAACCAUGGCACUGUUGACAUUUGGCACUAGAAAUGUCUGUGUGGAGGAGGCUGUUCCAUGCAUUAUACCAUUUGCUUUUGACUCAAGAUGAUUUGAUGUCUUAUAAUAAGCUUAUUAACCAUGAUGGCUACACAGACAUUAAGCAUAGACAGUUAUCAAGAUGGGCAACAAAUGCAAGUAGUAACAGAGUUGAAAACAGAGCAAGAUCCCAACUGCUCUGAACCAGAUGUGGAAGAAGUGAGCCCUCCCCCUAUGGGGUCCCAGACACCGAUGGAUGCAGACAAGCAGGCCAUUUAUAGGCAUCCACUGUUUCCAUUAUUAGCUUUGUUGUUUGAAAAAUGUGAGCAAUCCACGCAGGGCUCAGAAGGUACAACUUCUGCCAGUUUUGAUGUGGACAUUGAAAAUUUUGUAAGGAAGCAAGAGAAGGAAGGAAAACCCUUCUUUUGUGAAGAUCCAGAAACUGACAAUUUAAUGGUAAAAGCAAUCCAGGUUUUGCGUAUUCAUCUUCUUGAGCUGGAAAAGGUUAAUGAACUCUGCAAAGAUUUCUGCAGUCGAUAUAUUGCUUGUCUAAAAACGAAAAUGAACAGUGAAACUCUCCUGAGUGGAGAACCUGGAAGCCCGUACUCUCCUGUCCAGUCCCAGCAGAUUCAAAGUGCCAUCACAGGCACUCUCAGCCCCCAAGGAAUUGUGGUGCCUGCAUCCGCGCUGCAACAGGGUAAUGUAACUAUGGCAACAGUGGCAGGUGGCACAGUUUAUCAGCCUGUUACAGUCGUCACUCCUCAAGGCCAAGUAGUGACACAGGCGUUGUCCCCUGGGACAAUCAGGAUCCAGAACUCCCAGCUUCAGUUACAGUUAAACCAGGAUUUGAGUAUCUUGCAUCAAGACGAUGGCUCAUCCAAGAACAAGAGGGGCGUUCUGCCAAAGCACGCCACCAGUGUGAUGCGGUCCUGGCUCUUUCAGCACAUAGGGCAUCCCUACCCCACAGAAGAUGAGAAAAAACAGAUUGCUGCCCAGACAAAUCUGACACUGCUCCAAGUGAACAACUGGUUCAUCAAUGCUAGAAGACGAAUUCUUCAGCCGAUGUUGGAUUCUAGUUGUUCAGAAACUCCAAAAACAAAGAAGAAAACUGCUCAGAACAGACCAGUUCAGAGGUUUUGGCCCGACUCCAUUGCAUCCGGAGCCACACAGCCACCACCCAAUGAGCUCGCCAUGUCAGAAGGAGCUGUUGUGACGAUCACCACGCCCGUGAGCAUGAAUGUGGACAGCCUCCAGUCCCUGUCCUCAGACGGUGCCACCCUGGCUGUGCAGCAGGUCAUGAUGGCGGAGCAGAGUGAGGACGAGUCCGUGGACAGCCCAGGGGCUGGCGGGGCCGCACUCACCCCCACCCACAUCAGUGGGCUGGUUCUGGAGAACAGCGACUCCCUGCAAAACCAUGGCCCUGAGGCAGCAGAUGUUAGCCGAGGCUGCACACACCGCGUCGGUUUGGAUGCGGCAUGUCAGGGUUCGCAUUGGCCUGGAUUCAGCUUAUGUGCCAGUGACAAGGCGCGCGCCUCUGCAGCUGAAGUGGUGUUCUUAGCCCUAAGCUCUUGUCACUGCCUGCAGGGGGCUAGGGCAAAGGUAAUUUAGAGAGAGUGUUGGCAUGGAUAGGCACAGCCUGAGGUUUUUCUAACAUCUUCCCUUAUUAACACCUGACAUGGCUGUUUGGGUCGUAAAACCACUGCCCAGUAUGCUUGUUGUCAUUUUCCACCUUAUCGACACCCGUUUUCCAGACAUUGGAGAGAACCUGUAAAAAUACCUUUUCCAUUGAAUUUUUACUGUAAACAAACAGAUCCUUUGUUGUUCAAUUCUUUCCUUGUGAAGGAUGCUUUUGAAUGUUUUGAGACCCCAGGUAAGCAUGUUGUCCCUGCUGCUCAGCUGGAGCAGAUAGCUGGACCGGCUUUGCUGCACCCAAACAACUCCAGCUGAUGGACUAACCCAGCUUUCAACCUUUGGCUCCAGAUGGCAAGAUACGUUUCAGCAUUUAUUCCGUGUGCAAAGGAAUCAGUUCUGUGUCACCUCUCGGGUGACCCUACCCUGACCUGCGUGAAGAGUGCUGAGGCACUUUUUUUUUCAAACUUAGACAAACCCAGAAGGUGUGACAGGCCCAUUUUUGGCAGUUAGUGACAGAAAUGACUCAGCAAUCUUCCUUUGUUUUAAUUAUGUUUGGUCUAUGAACUGACAAUCUUUAAAACGUGAAUACUGUAACAAUAUGUUUUCUUGGAUUGUUGUCUUUAAAGGGGAUUUUUGUGAAGCAACUGAUUUAUCAAAGCAAAAAAAUUAAAAAUAGAAACACACUU